CCCAAGAGUCGCUAGGACUACACUUCCCAGAAAGACUUGCGCGGGGGCUGAGGCGGCAGGGAUGCGAUGGCGGAGUCGCUGCCCCUGGAGGAGAUGCCUACUCCGUCACGUCAGCGAGCACCGGCCUUCUGCCUACCCGCCUACUCUAGAGAUGGCCGCCCCUCCCCCUCAGGUCUGCAAGGUGUCAUCUCCAUCAUAUCGCCCCGGAAGGAUGCUCACAUAUAUUCUGAGCUUCCUGCCUCUGUCAGAUCAGAAAGAGGCCUCCCUCGUGAGUCGGGCUUGGUACUGUGCAUUCCAGAAUGCCCUUCGGGAGACAAAUGUGCAGUACAACAUCCCGGUGUCCUCUGCCUCCAUUCCGGCCAUCCAGCGCCUGGGCCUCAGGGGUGUCUCCUGCAUCAGCCUGACCAACCUGGACAGCUCACCUACCUCGCACCAGGUGCUGCAAUCUGUUGCCUCCCACCUGGGCCCGCACCUGCACAGUUUGUGCCUUGGUGGGGGCAGCCCCACAGAGGCCUCCUUCGUGACCCUGGUCCUGAGCUGCCCAGCCCUGCGUAUCCUGGACCUCAGUGGCUGCAACAGCCUCUUCACAUCAGGCACGCUGCUGGCUCAGCCUGAGACGGCCCAGCAGGUCCACCGGGCAUUGAGCGGCCUCCGUGAGCUCAAAUUGGCUGGCCUGCGGUACCUGGCUGACCCGAGCUUCAACCGACUCAGCAGCUGUGCCCCCAGCCUGGAGCGCCUCUCCUUGGCCUAUUGCCACCUAGCCUUUGAGUCAGGCCCAACCAGGGGCUCCAUUAGCCCCCAGGAUUCCUUCCCCUCCCAGCUCUCCUUCUGCAAUCUGCUACGAUUUGUGAAGGAGCGGGCCAGGAGGCUGCAGUCUCUGGACCUGAGUGGCACUGGUUUGCCUCCAGAGGCCCUGCAGGCCCUGGGCCAGGUGACUGGGCUGCAGCUGCAGGAGCUGAGCCUGCACAGCUGCCGGGAGCUUUCCACAGAGGCCGUAGCCUCCCUUUGCCGCCAGCAGCCAGGCCUUACCUCUCUGGACCUCAGCGGCUGCUCAGAACUAUCUGACGGGGCCCUCUUGGCCGUGUGCCGGGGCCUGCAGCACCUGCAGCACCUGAACCUGAGGAAGCUGCAGCGGCUUACAGACAUGGGAUGCAUUGCCCUGGGGGGCCUGCGGGAGCUGCAGAGUCUCAACAUGGCCGAGUGCUGCCUGGUCAGCGGGCAGGAACUGGCCCAGGCACUGGGCUUGAUUCCUGGAGCUCCGCCCCCACUGGUCUCCCUCAGCCUGGCCUACUGUUCCUCACUCAAGGAUGCCUCAGUGCUCGCUCUCGUGCCAGCACUGGGCCCAAGCCUCAGGGUGCUAGACUUAUCCUCCUGUGUGGCCCUCACCAACCGGACUGUGCAGGCCAUCUGUACCUACCUCACCCACUUGUCAGUUCUGCGCCUGGCCUGGUGCAAGGAGCUCCGUGACUGGGGGCUUCUGGGGCUGGAGGAGCCAAGGAAGGAGUCUGCGCAAGGGCUUCAGCCACACCAAGAGCUGGAGCGUCACGCCUCUGGCACUGAGGACCCUUCUCCCCAGCCAAAGGGCCCCUCCCUGCUCAUGCUGCGGGACCUGCAGGAGUUGGACCUCACAGCCUGCAGCAAGCUGACCGAUGCCAGCUUGGCCAAGGUGCUGCAGUUCACCCAGCUGAGGAAGCUCUCACUGAGCCUGCUGCCAGCUUUCACAGACAAGGGCUUGGUGGCUGUGGCCAGGGGCUGCUCCAGCCUGGAGCGCUUGGCACUGAGUCACUGCAACCUCCUCAGUGACGAGGGCUGGGCCCAGGCCGCCGGCUCCUGGCCAAGACUGCAGCACCUCAACCUGUCCAGCUGCAGUCAGCUCACGGAGCAAACGCUGGAUACCAUUGGGCAGGCGUGCAAGCAGCUCCGGGAGCUAGAUGUGGCCAUGUGCCCUGGGAUCAGUAUUGCUGCAGUCAGACGCUUUCAGGCCCAGCUGCCCCAGGUGACCUGCGUCCAGUCCCGCUUCGUGGGAGGGGCUGACCUGACUCUUACACUCUGAGGCCAGGACUGGGGUUGGAAGUAACCUAGGGCAGCCCAGGGGGCUUCCUGCGGUCUGCCCACAGCCCAGGGGGAGCCUUGUUCCAGCUAUCGAUCGCUGCCACAAGCCCCUGGAAAAGCCAGUUCCUGCUCUCUUGGUAAGGCCCUGGCCCAGAGGUGGGCUGCCCACUUCUCAUACCAGCCUACACCCCACCUCGUUCCCCAAGGAGUCUUAGCAGCAGAUCCAGGCUUUGUUGUAAACCCAAACAAGAUUAAAAGUCUAGAUGUU